CCUCUCUCUCUCCUUCAUCUCUCUUUCCUCUCUCUUCGUGCAGCCCUGAGUUUGACCGGUUUACGAACCGUAAACCAAUUGCCGGCGUGAAUCAAGUUUCCGAUCUGUUCUCGUUUUGAUACUCUUCAAACCUUGUCUUUCUUCGCAGACUGAUUUUUCAUAGCCUGCUUCCUUCUAUGCGUUUUCUAAUUCAGCCCUUCAUUUCAAAUUUUGAUCCGAAUUUCGACUACCUGCAUCAGAAGUGCUUUGCUGAGUUAGCUUGAGAGUUUUGUCAGAUUUGCUCGGGUUUUUUUUGCCAAUUAUUGGUCGGAUUCAGGGUUGCGUGCUUUGUCGGAUUCUUGUUAGCUUUGAAGGAAAUGGCAGGUUCUGACAGUUCAACUGGUAUUCUCCUGGCGCCACAACCGGCGAGGAAGAAUGGUGUCACGAAACCGAUCUCUCUUGCUGGGCCGACGGAUGCUGAUAUUCAACGCAACACGGAAUUGGAGAAGUUCUUGAUUGACUCGGGGCUUUACGAGAGUAAAGAAGAAGCUACGAAUAGAGAAGAGGUUCUGGGCCGCAUUGACCAGAUUGUUAAAAAUUGGGUCAAGCAAUUAACCCUCCUAAGAGGAUACACAGAGCAGAUGGUGGAGGAUGCAAAUGCUGUAAUUUUUACUUUUGGGUCUUAUCGUCUGGGGGUACAUGGACCAGGAAGUGACAUAGACACUUUGUGUGUUGGACCAUCUUACGUGAACAGAGAAGAUUUCUUCAUCAUCUUGCAUAAUAUUUUGGCCGAAAUGGAAGAGGUUACUGAUCUUCAACCAGUUCCUGAUGCACAUGUUCCAGUGAUGAGAUUCAAAUUUCAGGGAAUAUCAAUUGAUCUUCUGUAUGCGAGCAUUUCGCUGCUGGUUGUUCCAGAAGACCUGGACAUCUCUCAUGGAUCUGUGCUGUAUAAUGUUGAUGAACAAACUGUUCGAAGUCUUAAUGGAUGCAGAGUUGCAGAUCAAAUUCUUAGACUUGUUCCAAAUGUAGAGCACUUUCGCACAACACUUAGAUGUUUAAAGUUUUGGGCCAAAAGACGGGGUGUAUAUUCAAAUGUUACUGGGUUCCUUGGAGGUGUAAAUUGGGCACUUUUGGUUGCUCAGGUAUGCCAGCUUUACCCCAAUGCAAUUCCCAGCAUGCUAGUUUCUCGUUUCUUCAGAGUGUACACCCAGUGGCGUUGGCCAAAUCCUGUAAUGCUAUGUUCAAUAGAAGAGAAUGAACUUGGAUUUCCUGUUUGGGAUCCUCGUAAAAAUCCUCGUGAUCGAUUUCAUCUUAUGCCAAUAAUAACUCCUGCUUACCCUUGCAUGAACUCUAGCUAUAAUGUUUCAACUAGUACUCUUCGUGUUAUGAUGGAACAGUUCUGCUAUGGUAAUAACAUCUGCGAGGAGAUUGAGUUGAGCAAAGCCCAGUGGAGUGCUCUAUUUGAGCCAUAUUUAUUUUUUGAGACAUACAAAAACUAUCUACAGGUGGAUAUGAUUGCAGCAGAUGCUGACGAUCUGCUAGCCUGGAAGGGAUGGGUAGAAUCUCGCUUUAGACAGCUUACCUUGAAGAUAGAGAGGGACACCAGGGGGAUGCUGCAGUGCCAUCCCUAUCCCAUUGAGUAUUCUGACACAUCCAAGCCGUGUUAUCACUGUGCUUUUUUCAUGGGCUUGCAGAGAAAAGAGGGAUUAAGAGGCCAAGGAGGCCAGCAGUUUGACAUACGGGGAACAGUUGAUGAGUUCAGGCAAGAGAUAAACAUGUAUACCUUUUGGAAGCCAGGGAUGGAUAUCUAUGUUUCUCAUGUACGGAGGAAGCAACUGCCGUCCUUUGUUUUCCCGGAUGGGCACAAACGGGCAAAGCUAUCCAGGCAUGAAGGACAGCAAGCUGACGCAGUUUGUGCUGAUAUGCUACAAGAUCAGUCUGGGAUCACUGAAAAAGGGAAAAAGAGGAAAAUUGAUAGUGAAGAAACAGAGACAGAAAAGAAACAAGCCCUUGUCAGUAGUCAACCAGCACAAGAAUCUCCUAUGCGUGAAACUAAUGGUGGUGGGUCAGAUGGAAAAUUGCUGUGUUUGAAAUCUGCAAAUGCAUAUGAUAAUUCUGAGGUUUGGUCAUCUUUUGAACAGCUUGAUGGCAGGAUGGAUGCUGUUGGAUAUGGCAUGCAGAUUCCAACUUUGACUAAGGAGACUGCUGUUACCAGGGAUGAGGUAGAGCUAGCUAAAGAAAUGGAGGGAUCUUCCUCAAGGAAGGAGGGGCCUGAUCUAUAUGAAGUCAGUCUUUCUGAAACCAAGGAAGCUUCUUUACAAAUUGGAAUGAACGUGGAGAAAGUUGAGGGUGUAGCAUCAAAUAUGACUGGAAGUGCACAUACAGUAGCUAUCAGGACUUUACUCCAUUGGACAAAGGAAGUUGUAGGGGUUGACUCUGAGUCAGCAAAUCCAUUUGGUCAGACAACCGGGGCAGAGAGUACCCAAGUUGAGUUUCAAUCAAAUUGCAAUACACAUAACCUUAGUUGCAAGGGCGAUGAUAGCAGGAUGGAUCCAGAUUUGGCGUUGGAAAAUGGUUCUGUUGUGACUGCAAGAGUGUUUCAAAAUGGUCAAUCUAAAGAGUUAGAGCCGGAGAUCAAACUCAGUGAUCAUGCAGUCCCAGAAUGGAGUUAAAUCAGAAUCUUUGCAGAAUUCUGGUAAAAAAAAGUCUGCGGAGGAUCCAGCUAGAAGCACUCUUGGAACAGACUGAAUCCAUACUACAAGGCAUGACUUCUGGAGGUGAAGUACUAGAUGCCGGAUGGGUUGGAGGAUGGGAGCUAGCCAGCAUUUGGUAAGUAUCACCUCAAUCACUGGCUUUGAUUAUUGAUAUAAAUGGUGUUGAUCAUGCAUGCACUGCGGAACUGGGAAGGAGUCACAUGUCUUGGUAGCAAGGCAUACGGUUCAGUUCCAACAUGCUGUUUGUUGCCCUUCAAUAUGGGAAUCCGAGGGAGAGCUGUUGUAAAAAAAACAUGAACAAAUAAGUGCAUGCGAUGCUUUGAAGAUUCUGGUGCAUUAUAUGUUAGAUGCCUGGUGUUGCUGUCACAGCUUCCCAUUUCUUAAAGGCGGGAGAUUGUUUGUGAAGAAACUGCUCAUGAGGUCGUUUCUGGGACGAAUAUUUUCUACACUUUUGAGAUCAAUCUUACAGUUUAACCAUUCGGAGUUUUUAAUUGCAAAUUGUGCGGAGAAAGUUAUUUUCUUCCUUUUCCAUUUUUUUUUUCCUCUGAGGGUGGGGUGGGGGGAGGCGAAGAGAGAGAGAAAGGAGGGGGGUUGCUUGUACUCUAGUUAGGCGUCUCAAAAAUGUUUUGGGUAUGUAAAUUUACUGGUGUCUGUACAUCUCACAUCUGCGGUGUAGUGUUCUUUAUGAAACUCUUUGUAGUUUAUGAGAUUUCUUCCUGUCUUUCCUUUA